GGCAACUCGUAUCGGCAAUUGCCAAGUCUAUUGUUGACUAGGGCAUCGCACAGAAGCUUGUGUAUUAAACUCCGUUGCUAAAGAUAUCCUCCACCAUAUUAUUGGUAGGAAUUCCACAUUCCUAUUGAUACUUUACAUUAUCAAAGUACUGAACUAAGACGACCAUGGCUUUCGAGAUCUAUAUCCCCUCAAAACUCACAUUUCAAGACUAUAUUGCUAUCACACAGUGUAGUAGAACUCUAGCUGAUGGGUAUGAUCGAAAAGACAAAGCACGACUUCGGGCAUCUCUUGCACCAAACGUCAUAGUAGACUAUAAAUUUGUCGUUCCUGAAUGGGGCCAACAAAACUUCGCUGCAGACGAUUUCGUAGAAGCAUGGCUAGGCCCUAAAAAACUCGGAGUGAAAGCUCUCACCACCCAACAUCUGUUAGGUGCGCCCUAUUUCAAGAGUGUGACCGACUCAGAAAUCAUCGUAGAAUGGCAGCAACUAGCAAGUCAUGCACGGAAAGUAGCAGGCGAGGAUUACAGUCAUCCGCACUGUAAGAUUGGGGAGACAUCGGAUGGGAGAUCGUAUAUGCAACAGACAUUUGUGAAGGUAGACGGACAGUGGAGGAUUUCGGUUAUUAAGCCGGAGGUAAUAUAUCAUACGGGCGAUUUUAAAGCGGUGGGGAGACCGGAUGAGUAGCUAUAAUGUAAGUAUCUAAUCUCAUGAGUGCCAAGACAUUUAUAUCUUUGCCGAAAGUCUAAAUUGUACCUCAUGCUCCCAGAGACAAAUGCCAAAUAAUUUACAACCUUUAAAUGCUUCUUUAUGCAUCGAAAUCUCUACCAGAAUUGUGUAAAAAUGAUCCA